UUUGGCUUGUGUAGGUACAACAAAGAAAGAACAAAAUGGCUGAUAUUGUGUUGAGUUUUACAGUGCAGGAAAUAUUGGCUAGGGCGCGUUUGCUUAUCACAGAAGAAAUCAAACUUGUAUGGGGUUUUGAUGAAGAACUUAAUAGCCUUAAAGACUCACUAGCCAUGAUUCACGAUGUGUUACAAGAUGCAGAAGAGCAACAGGCGACUCAAAUGGCGGUAAGGCGGUGGCUGAAGAAGCUCAAAGAUGUGGCUUAUGAUGCUGAAAGUGUACUUGAUGAGUUGAGCUAUGAAAUGCUUCGCCAAAAAGUGGAGAUGGAAAACCAGCCUGACACAAAGGUACGCAAAUUUGCGUUUUCCAAAGGCAUUCGUUAUGUGAAGAAGACUGCAUAUCACGUAAAAAUGUCUCACAAGGUUAGGCAUGUAAAUGAGAUGCUAGACAAAAUUAAAAAUGAAGCCUCUAGUUUUGGACUUAGAGUCAUAUCUAUAGAUAGAGUGCCUCAAAUAAGAUUGGAGCGAGUGACAGACUCGGCAAUUGACCAUCCAAUUGUGGGAAGGGAAGUAGAUGUCUCGAAAAUUGUGGAUUUGUUGGUUUGCUUUGGCGAUCAACAAGUUCUCACUGUUGUUCCCAUAGUGGGCAUGGGUGGUCUUGGAAAGACAGCGAUUGCUAAAUUGGUUUGUCAAGAAGCAAUGCAAAGAAAGCUCUUUGAUGUAAAAAUGUGGAUUUGUGUUUCUAGUAAUUUUGAUGAGCAAAGCAUUUUAGCAGAAAUGUUGCAAACUUUAAAUGAAAAUGCGGGAGGGAUUACCAAUAAGGAUGCAGCACUUCAACACCUUGAAAAAGAGCUAGGAGAUAAAAAGUUCCUUCUUGUUCUUGAUGAUGUUUGGAACCAAGAAUAUGAGAUGUGGGAUAGUUUAAAAAUUCGUCUGUUAGCAAUCAGUAAAAGGAAAGGGAAUGCUAUUAUUGUCACAACCCGUAGUGAGGAAGUAGCUUCUAUAAUGGAGAGUCAUCCUCGGUGUAGGCAUAAACUGAAUUUAUUGUCUACAGAUGAAUGUUGGUCAAUUAUGAAAGAAAGAGUGUGUGAAAUUAGAGGAUCAUCAAUCCCUUCAGAGUUAGAGGCUAUUGGGAAAGAAAUUGCAGACAAAUGUAAAGGUGUGCCAUUAGCUGCAAGAGUUGUAGCUGGAGCAAUGAGUCGUGAUAUGAGGAGAGAAGCAUGGGUAUCAAUUAGGGAUAGUAAUGUUUUAAAUGCAUUAGACAAAGAGAUUCGCAUUGAAUCGAUAUUGAGAAUAAGUUUUGAUCGAUUGCCUUCCCCGUUGAAACCUUGCUUUGUAUAUUGUUCAAUUUUUCCUAAAAGUACUUUGAUGAAAAAAGAAGAACUAGUUCAACUUUGGAUGGCCGAAGGGCUUCUUGGGCCAUCUAAUGAAGAACAUAUAGGAGAAAUGUAUUUUAAUGAACUGCUUCUCAAUUCAUUUUUUCAAGAUGUGGAAAGGGAUAUAUACGAGAAUAUCACUAGUGUCAAGAUGCAUGAUCUUGUGCAUGAUCUUGCAUUGUCUAUUUCAAAGUUCGAAACAGUAUCUUCUUCUAAUGUUCGUCAUCUAAACCUCGUUUCUAACGGGGAAACUGUUCCAACAUUUCCGAAAGAUGAUGUUAAAAGAUUGCGUUCUUUAUUCAUAAUGGAUGUUGCCCCUAAUGAGUCAUGGGAGUUCACGAGGUUGCGAACUCUAAAGCUAGUUGGUCCUAAUAUCAAAGAGUUGCCUAUUGCGAUUGGCAAAUUGAAAUAUUUGAGAUUUCUCGAUGUCUCGUACAGUGAUAUUAGAGUGUUGCCUGAAUCAAUCACGAAGCUUUACAAUUUGCAAACAUUGAGACUGAUUGAAUGCAAACUACUUGAAAAGCUACCCAACAAAUUAAGCAAUUUGGUUAGCUUGAAAAGUAUUUAUUUUUCUUAUGAGAAUCAAAUGCCAGCUGACGUAGGGCGUCUGACUUGUCUUGAAAGGCUUCCAUUCUUUGUACUGGGUCCAGAUCGGGGCGGUAAUAUUGAAGAACUAGAAAGCUUAAACAUAAGAGGAAAACUGGGAAUAUUUAAUCUUGAGCAGGUGAAAGACAAAGAAGAAGCUAUGAAAGCAAACAUUCAGCAGAAAAAGAAAAUAGAAGAAUUGUUACUUGUAUGGAGUGGCGAAAGAGAGAGCUAUGACAAUGAUGAACAAGUAUUGGAAGGCCUCCAGCCUCACCCAGAGAUAAAAAGCUUAAUUAUUCAUAAUUACUGGGGUGAAGAAUUUCCACUGUGGUUACUAAGGAUGAAAAUUCCAAGCCAUGAUGGUGAUUCUUUCGCACUAAAUAAUUUGGUCCGGCUAAAACUCAUAGGCUGUGACAGGUGUGAAGAAAUUCCAAGGCUAGGGCAUCUUCCUUGUCUUAAAAUUCUUGAGAUAAGUGGAAUGGAUAGUGUCAGACGUCUAGGCAAUGAGUUCUAUGGUAUUGAUGGUGAAAGCAGCAACACUGAUUUGAGAUUUUUUCCGGCUUUAAAGAAAUUCUCUCUACGUUCUAUGAAUGGAUUAACUGACUGGAUAGCACUAACAGACGGCCUUGUAUUUCCUUCCCUUGAAGACUUGACUAUUUCCUGGUGCCCCCUAUUGACAAGUAUUCCAGUACUUCUUCAUCUUUUUUCCCUUGUCCGAUUGAAAAUCCAUGAUUGUCAAGAGCUCAAUUACGUGGAAUUUGAGAGAGACAUUCCUUUAACAUCUCUCGAACUUUUAGAAGUAGUAAAUUGUCCUAAUUUGGUAUCCUUUGAAACAUUACAAGGCUUCACCUCUCUUCGAGAGUUAUCUAUCCAAAGUUGUGAUCAACUACUAUUUCUUCCAGAAGGGCUAGAAACCUGCACAUCUCUUCAUAGUUUGUAUAUAUUUGGAUGCCCGGGGCUGACAUAUGUUCCUGAAGAUUUAGACGAAUUGCAUUCUCUUGUAAGUUUAGGAAUAAUAGACUGUCCAAAUCUGAUUAAUUAUCCAGGGAACAUUUUAUGCUGCCUCACUCAAUUCAAGUCAUUGAUAAUGGAUCGCUCCUAUAACGAGCCAGAUGCUUUCUCUGGUCUAUAUUCAAUCCGGGACUUCCCAUCUCUUAAACAAUUAAUCCUAGACGGCCGAGAUUAUUUCCAGUCCCUUCCAGAGCAGCUUCAACGCAUCACUGAUCUCGAAAUAUUGGUCCUGAGUAAUUUCCAAGGAUUGAAAGCUUUGCCAGAAUGGUUGGGCAACCUUUCUUCUCUUAUACGGCUUCGCAUUUCUAAUUGUGAGAAUCUCAAGUAUCUGCCUAAAGCUACAGCUAUGCAACGACUCAACAAAUUAAGGAAUCUGGAAAUAGAUAAAUGCCCCCUUCUUGAGAAAAGUUGUGCCAAUGGGAGAGGUUCUGAGUGGUCAAAGCUUUCUCAUAUCCCAGAAAUCACUGUCAAUGGAGUAUUUCUGCAGGAUUCUGACUGAGAAUGAAAGGUUGUCAAUUCUGUCAGGAUUUAGAAACUUUAAAUUCCAGGCCAUGCUGGGUAUCUCCACCUGUUGAGCGUAUUCGACAGACUUCUCAUCAACUUCUAAUGCACCUGCAAAGUUCAAAUAACUCCAAUAGUUGCUUAUAUUGUUCUAUUGAUUGCCUCUUAUAGAGCUGUAUCUCCACUUGUCUUCGAGACCGAUGCAAAUUCUUGCUCAUGAAGCCAUUCAACCAGCAAUCUUGUGAUGCUUGCUUCUGUGUCUAAGCAUCUUUCUGCUGCAUAGCAGUUUCAGAAUUACAUAAAGCAAUUUUCGUUUCAAGUGUAAUUUAAACGUUGGGUCGUUCUCGCUAGACAAAAAAAAAAACAUAUAUAGAAGGUACAUAAAUUAAGUAAACGGCCUUGUCGUUUGCAGAUGAGGAAUAGACCAUUUUGAUUUCUCUUGAUUUCUGUCUGAAAAAUUGACAGAACUCCAUUGUUUUGCUCUUAUUAAUUACUUUCAGAUUA